AUGACAGGGGAAGAAUCCCCGCUUCUUCAGAAGCCAAACACCGCUCAUCAGGAUUUGGAAAAUGGAUCAACUAAACCUAAAAUCGCCAGGAGUUUCCUGACUGUGAUGUUGAUAUCAUCUUUCCUUGCAUCAUCGGAUGACUCCUUUGUUCUUUCAACUGCUUCAGAUAUUGCGGCGAAUUUUGAUGCCACGAAUGCUAGCACAUGGCUUAUCACUGGAUUUAAUCUUGGAUACAUGAUAUCACUUCCAAUUGGAAUGUCGAUGAACAUUUACAUCGCUAUCCUUGGCAGAGUCAUCACCGGAUUUGGCAGCUCGGGCAUGUUGGAUUUGUCUUCUAUCCUUCUGAAUGGUAAGUCAAAAGAGAUGAGACGAUUAUCAACAUAUUGUUAA